GGAAUAUCUACACUCAGUGGUCUCUGCGGAGGUUUCACGUUUGAACGUCGUCUCUCGAACGAACAAUUUCCACGGAAAAGCGCAAUGUGAAAGCCAAAAAAGACUAGAAAUAGCCUGGCGUGACGUCCCACACAGACGACAGACAGCAGAACGAUUAGCACCGUACCGUCAGUCAGUAGCGGACUAUAGCGAACCGAGAGAGGAUCUUACGAUCUAACCGAUCUAAGCGAUCCAAACGAUCCAAACGAUUUUAACUGAUCUUGAAGUGUUUAGCCUAAGAAGUGUUACGAAAAUGCCAACAUUCCAUUGCUAAAAAUCGAAGGAAAAUUAACGAGAGAACAUAGAUUCCUGGGCAGCAGGUGGUUUGUCUCCCACGCGAGUGUCUCAAGUGCUAAAUAAAUCCAAGGAUGUGUUUUUAACGCCAUAAAAAAAAAGAGAAAAGAUCAUCGAGCUGCGUUAUCCGAGAAUAAAAUCGAGGUGGUUUUGAGUGGUUCGCGGGGACCAUGCCGGUCAUUGCCGAUGCCGCCAGCGAUGAGCCACCAGCAAAAUGUUGCAAACAUUGUGAGUUUCCUUUGUGGCCAAUCAAUUGGAAUCCAUUCGAGAAGUCUACGCAAAGCGUGGACGGCGGACCUGCAUCGUGGCGUUUAACGCUCGAUCAGGAUCUAAUUGACACGCUCAAGGGCAACUUUCCCAGCUGGUUCCAGGGCUCAGCUGCCGGCGGAGGAGGAGGCGGAGGAUCAGCCAGCAAGCAGCAGCAUCAGCAUCAUCAUCAGCAUCAGCAUCCGCUGGCCCAGCAGAAGCACCACCAACUAGUGGCCACCGGCAGUGUCAUACCCAUAACCAUUGACACCAAACUCGCCGCCCAAAGCAAUACAAAUACACUCCAGCAACAUCAUCAUCAGCAGCAGCAGCAGCAGGCGAUCAUCCUGGGCCACAGUUCGCCCUCUUCGUCGUCGGCCUCGCCCGCAUCCUCCGUCAGUUCCAACUCCUCGAAGAAGUCCAUCAGCAGCAGUCUGAGCAGCUGCAGCAGCAGCAGUAGCCAUAGUAGUAGCAGUUCCCACUGCCACUCCAAGUCCGGUUCCAGUGGUGGUUCCAAGGGAUCCGCCGCAGGAGCAACAACGGCGAGCAGGUUCCUCAACAAAUCCACCUCGACGUCGCCCACGAAGAGCCUGUCGAGAACUUUGAAGGCCACCCAGAAGACAGGGGGCAACCAGAAGGUGGGCCAGCUGGUCAAGUCCGCCUCGCUGCACAGCUUGAGCAGCGGCAGCAGCGGCAGUAGCGGCUGCAGCAGCGGGAACAGUGCCAGCGGCAGCUCCUCGCUGCUGGCCACCAUCUCCAGCACGCCACUGACCACCGUCGAGCUCAUCUCGAGCGCCGCCUGCAGUGGCCUCCUGGCCACCAGGCUCAGCGGCAAGGCCUUGGAGCACACCUUUCAGGACAUCAUACUGCUGCACGAGGCCUACGGCGACAUGUCGGAGGGUGAGCAGCGUUUGCAUGCGACGUUUCUGGGCAGCAGCGAUGAUGGCAACAACUCGGAUUGUUACGAUGCCAGACAGUCGCCGCCAAAGGCAAUCGUGGAUUCCAGUCCGCUGCAGCCAGCCAUGGACAAGAACAAAGAAUCGCUCAAAGUGAAGCUCAUGGUGCGACGUCCACAUUCGCAGCUCGUCGAGCAGGGCAUCAUACCAUCUCUGAAGACCUCGCCCGCCAUCCACGAACAAUGCAAGCAACUGGAGCGCGCCAAGACCAGCGAUCUGCUGAAGGCCAAGAUCCAGCAGCGACCGAAUCGCGAGGAUCUGGAGCGGCUGCACAUCCUGGAGGAGGACGAGUGCCACAUCGACCCGAGUCUGGCGGAGAAGCAGCGCAUGCUGAAGAAGGCUCGCCUGGCCGAUCAGCUCAACUCGCAGAUCCAGCAUCGUCCGGGUCCGCUGGAGCUAAUCAAAAAGAACAUUCUGCACACGGAAAAGCCAAUCGAGAAGAUUGUGAAGGAAGGCCUGGUAUCCUUCAAGGCCACCAGUGAGGGAUUGCUGACCAGACCGCAGCAUCCGCAUAGUUACAUGACCUUCGAUGAGGAUUCCCUGAGUUCGGAGAGCGACACGCGGCAGACGCCACCGCGUUUGGACGAUCCAAUGGCAGUGGCAGUCGUGGCAGCCAGUUCACCACCCACCGAUGUGCUGCAGGCGGCGGCUGCCUCGGCUGGCAUAGUGACCAUGGCCCUGACCAUGCCCACGACGGGUCAACUGGUGGUCACUUCUCCGCAGAUUCAGCAGAUCCAGCAGCCGAAAGCGGUCUUGGCACCAGUGAUACCACCUCCGCCGCCGCCACCACCGCUGCCCAUGGCCACCAGUAGUGUCAUUAAAGUGAAGCAGGAGACGGCCAAUCUGUUCGAGGAACUGUGCCAGAGUGUCACGGCCAGUCAUCAUCAAUACCUGCCCAUGCUGCCCUCGCCCUGUUCCCUGGCCUCCAGCUCUACGUCCACUUUGAGUCCGCUUUCGUCCAUUGCCUCGCCUCCGCCACCGCCCCUGAACUCCAGCACUCGACACCUGCACUUGCAGCCCGUUUCCCUCAAGUCCGAUGCCCCGGGUAAGGAUAAGAACAGGAAGAAAUCCAAAUCCAAGCCGGUGUCCAAGGCCAGGACCAUUAAAUUCCACGAGUACAAGGGACCGCCGAGUGCGGCUGGCCAAAAGCAGGAUCAAACGCAGCCGGAGGAGACCUCCUACCAGCUCAUGUUGGAGCAGCAGAACUGCCUGCUCAAGUUUUUGGAGAACCUCAAUAAGAAUCAGUCCAUAAUACCAGCGAUUUCGGCAGGUGCUCCAGGUGCUCCAGCUCCCACCAGCAGCAACAACAACAACAGCAUCACGGUGACCACGAAAACGGUGCCAGCUCUGGCCUCUGCGCAAUCUCAACCAGCUGCAGCUCCCAUUAGUCUGCCCAAUACCAUCUCCAUUACGAGCAGUGCGGGAGGAGCUCCUCUAAAUUUUGGGGACACAACCAUGCUGACAGCCACGCCCACGCCGCCCACUCUAUCGCUAAUAGCCACUCCACAGCAACAUCAGCAGCAGCAGCAGCAGCAGCAUCAGCAUCAGCAACACCAUCCGGUUGUGGUGCAACAUCCGCCACCUUUGCCCUCGCCAGCGCUCUCAAUUAGCUCCUCAAUACCAGCCAGUCCGGCCACCAGUUAUGCCGAAUCCACAACCAGUUCCAUCACUGACCUAACGCGUCUGGAGAAGAUGAAGGUCUCGGAUCUGAAACAGCAUCUUAAGCGCAGGAAUUUGCCCGUUUCCGGACCCAAACCGCAUCUUAUAGAGCGGCUGAAACCGUAUUUGCCCUUGGAGCCACUUGAAAGCAUUGUAACAGGAGGAAGUCACUCCGCUUCGAAUGGCAAUGUCACCAGCGAGGUGAUCACCAUCAGCGAUGCCAUGGACACCAGUAAUUGUGGUCUGGUGGAGCAACCACAGCCAGUGACCAUGUUGGUCUCCGAUGCGGCGGGCAUCGAGCAUGAACAGAUGGAUGUGGUGCAGCAGCAACUAGCGGAUAAUACGCAUCCGAUGACGCUGCAGACUAUACUGCCUCCCCAGCCGCAAACUGCUACCAUAAUCUUGAGCAACGAGGAAUUGCUGAGGGAGCAGCAGCGUAAGAUUGAUGAACUGCAAAGGCAGUUGCAGCGAUCGCAGCAGGAGUUGCAGAAGAUACGCCAGCGGCAACAGCAUCAGCAGCAGCAGCAGCAUCAGCAUCAGCAAACGGUGACAGCUCAGGUGGUGAAUGCAUUGCCCUCGCAGCAAAUAACACUGAUCACCACCACCACCGCGAAUGGGCCGCAGCAAACGUUGACUGUGAUGCCGCAACAGCAGCAACAGGUGGAGAAGAGCAACAUACCCGCCAAGGUGACCGUGAAAGCUGCUGCUGGAGGUCUGGCCAAGGUAAAUGGGUUGCAGCAGCAACAGGGAUCAUCGGCAGCCAAGAAGUCAGCCAGCAACAGCAACUCUAGCAGCAACAACAGCAGUAGCAACAUCAUCUCCUCCUCCUCGUCAGCCAAUCCACCGCCCAUCAACCAGAAGAUGGUAGUCAAGCAGCAGCUGGAGGCCAAAAUCCAAAAGCAAAAGGCAGCGGCAGCAGCUGCUGCACAGCAGCAACAACAGCAGCAGCAGCAACAAGAGAGACAACAGCAAACGCAGCAUAUGAUUGGACUGAGUCACCAGCCAAAGUCUAGUCUGGAGAUACUACAGCAACAGCAGCAACAACAACAAAAUCAGCAGCAACAACAGCAACAGGUGCGCCUGCUCACGCAAAAGACACAAACUGUACUCAUUCCAUUCAACAACAACAACAACAACCACAUAAUAAACAACGCUCCUGCCAAGACAACAGCCAAGAAAUGCAAUGUGCCCGCCAGCAAUGCAACAACCAUAUUGCAUUCAGCCAAGCCAGCGGCAACAGCAGCAGCAGCAGCAACUGUUGCUCCAGUUACACAGCAUCACAACAAUUUGGGACUGCUGUGGAACGAGGGCAAUCAGACCAUCUUCCUGGUGGGUCUAAACGAUCAGCACAUGACGGCGCACACGCUGGGCAACAUCAGUUUAACGGCCACCACAACAGCAGCACCACAAGCAACAGCAGCAACACCAGCUGCAACAGCAACUCCCGCUGCUGCUGCUCCUCCCAAAAAGCUGCUGAAUGGCCAUCAACGCACAAACUCCCUGCCCAGCAUUGUCUUUCCCAUCGAAGCCAAGUCCAUCAUCACGCAGCAGCAGUUGCAGCAAAUGCAGCAGCAGCAAUUCCAGCCUGCCCAGCAGCAACUUAUCCAGCUGGACAUUAAACCCUCGCCAGCACCACCGCCGCACUAUGAGGAGGCCACCAAGCAGCUGGCAGCCAGCAAGGCGGCAGCUCUAAAUGGUCUCCUGCCGCUGGUGAAGAUCAAGGAGGAGCCUGUGGCCUCGCCAGUGCCUGCUGCAGCGCCUCCGACUCCCACUGCUCCGCUGAGCAAACGCAAAUCAGCGGGCAUCAAGUCCGAACAGGUCAGCGAUGUCCUGGACAUACUCAUCAAACAGGGCGAACUGCCCGAAAGUGCCGCUCUGGAGCCCAUUACACCGCUCACUCCGCUGCCCGAGUUGUCGAUGUUCCCGGGAGCCACGCCCACGACGGCGGCGGGGGGAGCCAGCAUUGUGCCACUGGUGCCCAAGCUGGAGGCACCUUCGACACCAGCCCAAUCAUUAGUGGACAUGGCCAUGGACACUAAUGAAUUUCAGCAGUCUAACCAUGGCUUUAUAGAGAGCAUAGACAUGUCCUCGCCCCUGCAAACUGAUACCUCAUCUAUUGAUGCAGAGAGUGUGGCCAAGACCUUGGACAUUUUCCUGGAGCAGCACCAUGCCACGCCGCCGCCCAGCACGCCGCCCAAAAGCUGUCACAGCGGCAGCGGUGAGAAGCCCAACAGUCCGGAUGCCAAACUCAAUCACUUCGAUGAGUACGAGUUGCUGGAGCUGAUGUCGCAGCAACUGGAGAUGGACAUGGGUGAUGACUCCACUGGCUAUUGCCAUGGCUCGUCGCUUAAGAGUGGCAACAGCAAUGGCAAUGGCAAUGGCAAUGGCAACAACAACCUGCGACGCGAUCUCAAUCCCAGUUUGCAGCCCUCCAUCAAUGAGCUGCUGGAUGCCAGCAGUCCGGACAGUGUGCUGCUGAAUAACAAUGCCAAUCCCGAUGUGGACUUCGAUGCGGAUAGUUUUGUGGCCCAGUUGAGCCAGCAUGUCACGGGGAAUGGCAACAGUCCGGGCGGAGUCAAUUGCAAUCCAGGAUCCCUGGAAUCAUCUUCCUCUUCGUUGGCGGUGAAUGGCCAUUUCAGCAGCCACAGCACGCCCAUGGAUUGCGACGAUUUUGAGAGCACACUGAACUCUUUCAUGCAGGCGGUGACGCAACCGCAGGCGGGCCAACAUGGCGAAUACUCAACGGCAGCCACGAGCAUCAAUGGUACUGGAGGAGGAGGAGGUGGAGGAGUGGACAACGGCAGCGGUGGAGGAGCAGGAGGAGGAGCAGUGGACGCCUUUAAUGCCAGCGGCGAUAUAUUCGAUCUGUUCAACAUGGACGACUACAAGAUGAACUGGGCAGCAGGGGAUUUUACAGUCUAGGAGGCCGCAGAAACCCCUUUAAAAAAAGGCAGAGCAAAGUUGAAUUUUCUAAAACAUCCAUAUAUUUUCCCAACUUUGUUAUACAAUACACACAAUCCAGCGUGGUGCUCACUUUUCUCAAAAUAUUCCUUAAGAAUUCGUUAUGAAGAAAGCAAACACACACACACACAAAACCAAUCAAAACAAAUCCUAUUUAUUUUCUAAAUGCAUUUAAAACAUUUGAACGUCAGUUGAAAUUUCGAAACUUUACUAUUUCCAAGCAAAAACAAACAAACAAACAAAAAACCAAUGCCAAAAUUGCCGGGAGUAAAACACUCCAAAACAAAAAAACCAUACUCUUUUGCACCCUUUCCUAUAUAAGCAAGCAAAAACAA